AUGUUUGGAUGUUAUGUUUACAGUUGGUGGUAUGGAUUCAUAUCGAUAUUUUUCAGGUCAACGCCUUGUGAACUGUUAGUUUAGACACGACCUGUAUUCCUGAGGAUUGGACAUGCUGUAUCAUACCAAACUCUACAGAUCCAGCUAGUAAUCUGAGUACUGCUGUGGUGAACGUGUGGUGAGCGUGGCCCAAGAUGGAGGGCCAGCUGCCGAGCACGCUGCUGGGGUCGGCUGAGCUGGCCGGCCUGACGGCGCACACGGUGUACAUGCUGCCGCGCCAGCCGGAGCCGGCCGGCGCCAGCGCGGCGGCCGGCUCGGUGUACGACCGGCUGGCGGCCGAGGCGCAGACCAUCACCGAGUACAUCGACCUCAGCAAGGCGCACUUGCCCGGCCUGGUGGUGGAGCCCGUGCCAGCGGCCCGGGAGACGGGCGCGGACCGGGUGUCGCUGCAGCACGAGUUCCCGCGCUGGCAGGCGGCCAAGCAGCGGCUCAACCUCAGCGACGACCACCAGCUGGCGCGCGUCCUGCUCGACCUGCUGGAGAGCAGUCUCGCCUCCGCCCAGCUCGUCAAGUCCGAGGACCUACAUGAUGUCAGCUCCGUGCUUCACUGCGAGAUGAAGGAGCCGUCCAGGGAGGCUCAGCUGGAGAGCGACGCCGCCGCCGUCACCGGCAGUCCGUCACCGGAGGGGACCGUCAGCAUGGCCGUAGCGGGCUCGGUUCCCGCACCAGGGCCGGGGCCGGCUUCGCUUCCAGCUCCGGGUUCAGUCCCGGCUCCGGCUCUGGCUCCGGCCUCGGCUCUAGCUCCCGUCCUGGCGCCGACUCCGGCUCCGGUUCCGGGGCCGUGA